AAAAGAAGUUUUUAAUCACUCGCUGUCUGGACUUAAAACAUCAGAGUAAGAGAGAAGAGCUGCCGGUUCUCCGGACUCUUAGUCCACACUUUAACGUCUGUUUUAGCACUUCGGACAUGCACUCGCAGAAAACUCCCAGAAACGGACUAAGCUGCAAGAUGGUUCUUCAGGCGGUUGGCAAAGUUUUACGGAAAUCAAAAACGAAGCCCAAUGGAAAGAAAGCACCCGCAGAAGAGAAGAAGCAUUACCUGGAGCCAGAGUACACAAAAGUGCGACUCAUGGACUUCGGCCUUAAGGAUUUGGUCUCGCUUCCGUCCAAAGAGAUUGACCUAAAUGAAUGGCUUGCCAGCAAUACAACAACUUUCUUCAAUCUCAUCAACCUGCAGUAUAGCACAAUCUCAGAGUUUUGCACUGGUGAAACUUGUCAAGCCAUGACGGCCUGCAACACUAUAUACUACUGGUAUGACGAAAGGGGGAAGAAAACGAAGUGCACAGCGCCUCAGUACGUGGACUUCGUCAUGAGUUUCGUGCAGAAAGUAGUGACAGACGACAAAAUCUUUCCCACAAAAUAUGGCAAAGAAUUUCCCAACUCGUUCGAGAUUCUGAUAAAGAAGAUUUGCCGGUAUCUGUUUCACGUGCUGGCGCACAUCUACUGGGCACACUUUAAAGAGUCCGUAGCUCUGGACCUGCAGGGACAUUUAAAUACACUGUACGCACAUUUCAUCGUCUUUAUCAGGGAAUUCAACCUGGUCGACUCAAAGGAGACCUGUAUCAUGGACGACCUAUCAGAGGUGCUGUGCACCCCCCUGCCCCCCCAUACACACAAUCAUGUAACUGAGAGAUGAGCCUGUUGUCCCGGCGACCAUACUCCUUGCACCAAGAAGAAGAGGGGGAAGAUGAUAAACGGCUCGAAGCCUCCGGUCUAUGUUAAGUACAUGGGUCGGUUCCCUCCAUUGAUAUUUAUUACCAUCCUUAUAUGAACUGGUGGACAAGUGGGGACGGAGGUCUGCAGCAUACCAGCACAGAUUAGUGUGAAUAUUUCCUCCAGGAAAAACAAUCUGUCUACCUUGGUGUUUAAAUAGAAACAUUUUGUACUUUUGCUUUAUUCAUUAUUUUAGCGCAUGUGCUCUCGGAGGUUGUGUUUUUUCUGUUUGUUUAAGGGAAUGGUUUUAUUGCUUUGCUCAUCUGUGCCUUGGAUAUAUAAGGUAUGGUCUGUAUUCAACAAUGUUUAGAAAAUAAUGGGUGACCCCUGGCUCCCUCUUGUGGAGGGAGUAAAGUCACAUACUUACUGACUUUUCAUGUACAGCCUUAUUUCACAUAGUGACUUAUAUUCCAUACACCAUAUAUUACCCAUUUCUUUUUGUUUUUACCUCCUCUGGCACCAUUUUUAAAUUGCUUUGCGUUUUUACUUUUUGAUUUUAGUGUCACGUAAAGUAUGAGGUUUUCAAAAUGUACCAUGUUUAAGAUGUACUCAUUAUCCAUUCAAGAUUCUGUUCAAGAAGGUUUGAUGGAUUUAAGUGAUGUUCUGGAGAAAUAUAGAACUUGUUUUGCAGGUUUCUAGACAAGGACAUAAGUGAAAUCUGCAUGUCUGCUUGCUCAGAGAUGCUGCAGAUUGAGGCAAAUAAUUGUUGCAUGGCAGUUGACUUGCUGUUGCAAUGAUUAGACAGCGCAUAAUCCGGUGUCGCAAUACCUGUAUUUUAUUUCACUUUUUUAAUUUAUCAGCGGUAAUGAAUAUCGUGGCAUCCCGAACAUGUGGAACAUGCACAUUUUCCCUUUUCUUAAGAAAUAGAUUGUAACUAUAUAAAAAAUCACAAUAAUUGCCUUUAGAGAGAGAGGAUAGUCUUUCUCCAUUAUAUUUAUUUUGACCUUUUUUAAUCUAUUGGCAGAGUUCUUUAAUUCUUGCUUUUUAAGUAUUUUUUAAUUAUCUAAGUUAAAGCCACUUAUUAUGUUUAGCUCAGCAAAGUGUAAUCGAAUUAAAACAAGAAAUGCCACUUUU